CGUGCUAGAGGUGGGUGAUGCUGAUGGGGCUGGGUGUCCUGUGCGAGGGCUAACGGGGAAGAUCCAAGCAGAUGCUGCAACAUUGCUGAAACCCGUGCCGUCUGGGUGGGGGGAGCAAGCUCACAGGAAGAGCUAUAAUAGGAAUGUGAACUGCAGAAAUAGAUCCAGAACAAACAGGAGAGGAAAAAUGAGCUAGAAAGCGCUGGGAACCUCCUUCUGACAAGGUUCCAAUGGGAGCACAUUAGGCAAGUCCACGCAGCUGGGUCAUACACCAUGUCAUCAUGCGUGUCCAAGAGGACUUCUUCUGAGAGGUCCAUACUGCAAGAUGACCAUGAAACGACAAAUCAGCCUCACAUUGUUUGUAGCUUUUCAGCACUGAGUUUAGAGUUAGGAAUGGAAUCUGUUAUCGUGGUUACAGAAUAUGAUUCCAGCCUAUCUGAGAGGGAGCAUGGCCAGAAUGGACAGACAGACCACCAGGAUGGGGAGAUCAAAGAGGGCUGCAAAGAUGAACCAGAUCUUCAUAGACUUACUGAAAGUGGAUGUAUGAAAGGUGACAUUGAAGGGCUUCCAAAGGACAGUAAAGAUCAGAGAGCAAAACUCAACAUGACCAAUAGAAAACUUUCACUUCAAGAACGUUCCCCAUCUGCUCAGUCGCCAACUGAUAACUUAGACACAAAUGGACGAUAUAUUUAUCCAUCUCUUCCAUAUUCUCCUGUGACAUCACCGCAAUCAUCUCCACGUUUGCCACGGAGACCAACAAUAGAGUCUCACCGUGUUAACAUUACGGGUUUCCAGGACUGUGUCCAGCUCAACCAGUAUAAGCUAAAAGAUGAAAUUGGAAAGGGCUCCUACGGAGUGGUGAAGCUGGCAUAUAAUGAAGAUGACAACACAUACUAUGCAAUGAAGGUUCUUUCCAAGAAGAAAUUAAUGAGGCAAGCUGGAUUUCCACGUCGCCCACCUCCCCGAGGAGCAAAAACGGCCAAUGAUGGCUCUCAGAUCAAAGGUCCCAUCGAGCGAGUUUACCAGGAAAUAGCUAUUCUGAAAAAGCUGGACCAUCCAAACGUUGUCAAGUUGGUUGAGGUACUGGAUGACCCCAGCGAGGACCAUCUAUACAUGGUGUUUGAACUAGUGAAGCAAGGGGCAGUGAUGGAUGUACCAACUACAAAACCACUAACAGAAGACCAGGCGAGGUUCUACUUCCAGGAUCUGAUUAGAGGAAUUGAGUACUUGCAUUAUCAGAGGAUUAUACACCGGGAUGUCAAGCCGUCCAAUCUUUUAGUGGGGGAAGAUGGCCACAUCAAAAUUGCUGAUUUUGGGGUCAGCAAUCAGUUUGAAGGAACAGAUGCUUUUCUCUCCAACACCGUGGGAACCCCAGCCUUCAUGGCUCCUGAGACCCUGUCAGAAACACGCAAAAUAUUUUCUGGAAAGGCUCUGGAUGUUUGGGCAAUGGGAGUCACCUUGCACUGUUUUGUAUUUGGCCAGUGUCCAUUUAUGGAUGAGAGGAUUUUAUCCCUCCACGUCAAGAUAAAAAAUCAGCCACUGGAAAUUCCAGACCAGCCAGAAAUAUCAGAUGACCUAAGGGAUCUAAUUGUUAGGAUGCUGGAUAAAACCCCAGAAUCUAGGCUUACUGUACCUGAUAUAAAGCUGCACCCAUGGGUCACCAAGCAUGGCGCAGAGCCUCUUCCAAGUGAGGAUGAGAACUGCACUCUGAUAGAGGUCACUGAGGAAGAAGUGGAGAACUCAGUAAAGCACAUCCCCAGCUUGGCUACAGUGAUAUUGGUAAAAACGAUGCUUAGGAAGCGAUCUUUUGGGAAUCCGUUUGAUGGAAGCAGGAAAGAAGAGAGAUCCUUGUCCUCCCCUGGAAAUCUACAAACGAUCCAAGGCAGCGAUGAAAGCUUGAGAGAUAGCGGCUUACAAGAGGUAGGGGAGGAUGAAGUCCUUUCCUGAGGAUCCCUAAGCGGAGGUGCUGUGGUUUGAGAAUACCAUCUAUGACGGGCGUGUGUAUAACACAUCAUGUAUAAAAUGAAAUGUGCAUGCUAUGUGCUCAAGAACACAUUAUGUUGCUGCAUGCGCUCAUGACCUUAAUGUCCUACCUUAACAUUUUUUGCUAUUGGCUCAUUCUUCAAGUGACUGCUGGAGAGUGGAGAAUGAUCCAGAGACGGUGCUUGUAUUGUACAUAUUGCAAAAAAACAACUCAAAGUGGCUUGUAGCAUGUCAUAAUGAUGCCAAAUACGACAUAAAGUGUACAUAUCUAAGGCUUUCAGGACAUUAAAAUGUACACAGACAGUGGUCUGACAUUACUUUAAUGUACUUUAUGCCCCAUCAUAAGGGGUUCUUGAAAGAUACAGGCUUGUUGAAAUGCCCUUUGAGGGAUUGCUGUAAGGAUUUUCAUAGUAAUAUUUUAACACUAACCAAAGUGUUUUGUGUGCCAUUAAAAGUUAAUCCGUGUUGGCUCUUGGAUAUGUUGAAUGGCGCAUGUCAGAGGGCAGCUGUCCAUCCUCCUGGCUUUUUGCCAAUAGUUUUUAUAUAGAGCUAGCAGCAGCGUGGUUGUGCAACCACUAGGGGAAUUCUUGAAUCUAUAACAUGCCUUGAUGUUUUUCCUUAUAAUUCACAAAUGCAUUUUCUGCUGCCAAUACUAUUUACUUAUCAGCCCACUCUUCCUUUAUUCUGUAUAUAAGCUCAUUAUUAAUAUACUGAUUUAAAUUGCAUGGCGCAAGUACAAAAGGAGCUAUGAAUAUGAUUUCCAAGACUACAGCCAACACUAUCUGCGAACAUCAUGUGGUACAUGCAGUUCUGUGACAAAUCCAAAUUAUCCUCAUUAUAUAUUGUACUGCCAGUUUUAUCACAGUGCUAGUGUAUAAGUUAGUGGAUCAGUGCCAAUCAUUUUGAAUCAGUACUGGUUAGCAGAUACCUCUCACAAGCUGGGACAAAGGGAAAGUACUACAAGAAGCAUGUGCUAGCUUUUAUUACCUGACCUACACAAGAAAGCUGUCGGCUGGAGAAUGAUUGUUUGCCGUACGCCGCACCUAAACUUUCUUUUACUCCAAUUUUUGAAAAGAGUUAUGUAACUGUAGAAGUGCUGUCUAAAAAUGUAUAUUUGGUGUACAGAUCAGUCUUUGAAAGAUUGUAAUGAUAUCUUGUAUUUCCUAUUUAAGAUUUAGAUUCAUUUUUAGGUAUUUCUCUGAAUGAUCCAGGAAAUGUAUACAGAACCCUGAUUACAUUUCAGAUAAUAUUUAGGUAUGAUCCAGAAAAUAGAUAUGGACACCAAACUUACAUGUGUACUUACAUCAGCCUCCAUAGCAAGCAGCAAUGGGCUAUAACCACUUAUUUUAGUGAUAUGUGCUGCAGAUGUGUUGGCAGGCUGAAAUACAGAUUGAAAAUUGAGGUUCUAGUGAGGAAUAUAUCCAUCCUCAGGCUUCCCUGGUUCAAGCCAUGUCAUUGCUUCUAUAGCAACAAAUUGUACAGUUAUAGUCUUCCCUAUAGUGGCUUUCCGUGCAUUGUGCCUCCUAUUACUGGAUGGUUUCCUGAUGUGUAUGAUUUGUGUACUGGUGUUGUGAGCAAUCCUUACAGCCCAACAGGAGGAUAUACCAGUACUUUCUCUACUGUAUAGCUUUCAGGGACAGUUAGGUCUAAAGCCCUUGGAAGACAGUGUUGGUACAGAUAUGAACAGUAUAGACUUCAGGUACAGGUGGUACCAAAUUAACACAAAAUCUGCUAUGGUGGUACAUGCCUAAUCAGUUCUUCGAUAAUACUAACCACAAUUACUCCUCCUCAGGACACAACAUAUUUAGCCAUGUAAGUAGAGGAUGUAUAAAUGACCAAAGGAAAAUUGCUGACACUGCAAAUUUUGUAAGGUACAAAGGCCAGAUGACACGUGGUUGGUUGCAGUAAGCAACACCUUUAUGUUUCCUUUCUGCAGUUUUUAUAUAGUGACCCUACAAAGUAAAGUUUUAGUAUUCAUAGCAUGGUUUUAUUGCAUGGUUCUCCGCAGAGUAGACAAAUCUGCAUGUUUGUUGUCAAAAACAAAAAUGUGAUUUGCAGAUUUGCCCAGCUUAUGAAUUAAAGCUCAACACCAAUU